ACUGAACGGACCGGGGAUUUAACGGUGUUUCGGAUAUAUUUUGGCUUCAAGUGUACAUGCACUUGUGCAAUGAUCCAGAUGUGCUUCUUAAGACCCGCUGUCAUUGGUAAGGAAACUCUUGGAAUUUGAGAAUCUCCAGGGAUCGUUGUUCUGGGACCUUUUUCAAGCUGGCCGCGGCUGGGAUGUUUGCUGCUGGGAUGCUACAGCAGAGCAGCGGAGGACUGAACAAGCGAUCGCUGGGAAUGGCACGUAUUCCCGAUUCUCGCUUUUUCCCUCUUUCCUCGGGCUCGGGGUCGUGGGGUUUGAGCCGGAAUGUGAAGAGCGGCUCUUUGAGCUCCAUCAGCUCCGGGUCGGACAAUAUGGACAAUAUGAUGGGAGCCGAUCCUGACUACAUCAUGCAACUGGUCAAUGAUGUCAGGAGGUUUGCAGAUGUUCUUCUCCACCUUAAAGAGGCAUUUAACACCAAAGAUCACCAGGACUGUCUGCAUCAGGUUGUUCAUGAGCGUCUGGGAGAGCUGCUGCGUGUAUUAAAAGCGGUGAUUUCCAAACACCACUCCCUGAAUUCAGUGGAGAUCCUCAGCGCAGCAGGGACCCUCAUCGCAAAGGUCAAAGGUGUGAACUACAAGGAAGUGAAUGAAGACAACAAGCAGACGCUCUUUUCUGAGAUCUACACUUCUAUAGAUACAUUGGCCUUCACUUUUGGCAAUGUCGUGUCGGACUUCCUUAUGGGAGAUGUAGAGAACGGCUCAGCCUCGGGGCUUCCUCAGGCCAGCAGGAGCAGGUCUUUUGAAAACCUGACGCUGGAGUCUGGCGGAUGUGGACCGGAAAAAGAUGACCCUCCAGGCCCGUCUCCCCCAGCGCGGGUGGAGCAGAUGGAUGGAGCUCUGCUCAGGAGUGACAGCGGGGUGGAGUCGGCUCUGCUUUAUGCCAAAGCCUGGUAAUACACCAAGGAGCUGCUGGCCUGGGUGGACAAACGCCUGAACAUGGACAUCGAGUGUGCAAAGAGCUACGCCAAGAUGGCUGAAUCUGCAAAGGCGCUGGCGUCUCAACAGGAGCACAUGCCAUUCAGGGAUAUUUACAUCUCUGCCUUCAGGAAUGACAUUGAAUACAGUCAGCUGAUCAUGCAAACCACAGCCACUCUACAGGCCAACAAAUUCAUGCAGCCUCUGCAAGCUCGAAAAAAUGAGCUGGAUAAACUGAGGAAGGAGGUGAAGGAACAGUGGCAGAGGGAACAGAAGAAAAUGCAUGAAGCUGACUCUGCGCUGAGGAAAGCUCGUCUCCUUCAGGCUCAGCGGCAGGAGGAGUAUGAGAAGGCGCGCAGCUCCACCAGUCGAGUAGAAGAGGAGCAGAUCAGUGGCGCUGGAGGAAAACAGCUGGAGAAGAGACGCAAGCUGGAGGAGGAGGCUCUGCUGAAGGCAGAGGAAGCUCAAGAUCAUUAUAAGCUCUGCGUCACAGACGUCGGGGUGAAGAGAGUCGAUCUCGCAAACACCAAGAGCGAGAUCCUGACGCAGAUACGAGAGCUUGUGUUUCAGUGCGAUCUGACCCUCAAAGCAGUGACGGUGAAUUGGUUUCAGAUGCAGCAAGCUCAGGUGGCGUCUCUGCCCAUCAACUUCCAGUCACUAUGUGAAAACUCCAAACUGUAUGAACCGGGUCUGUGCUACACUGAAUUUGUGAAGAGUCUGCCCUCUGACAGGUCCAGGGUCGAAUCCUUCUCCUUCGACAUCUCCAGCACACACAACACAGGGUUGAAGCGAGCGGUGAACAGCACUCCCUCAGCCCUAGUGCACUUAUCGCAGGUGUCUGGAGAUUUCCUGAGCGCAGACGAGGUGGAGAGUCACGUUCAGGCUCGCACUGCAAAGAUGCCGGACGGACGCUCACACAGCACCACAGAUGUUCAAGCUCUGAGGAUCCAGGGUCCGUUCCGAGUCUGGAGGACCAGCAGUCAGGGUGGAGGCAUGUGCAGUGACUCUGAGAGCGCUGGAGGAAGCAGUGAAUCUCGCUCUAUGGACUCACCAACAGCAAGCCCAGGUGACUUUAAGAGAAGGCUUCCCAGAACUCCAUCCACAGGCACCAUGUCUUCAGCAGAUGAUCUGGACGAGAGAGAACCUCCGUCUCCUUCAGAUAAUGGUUUGAGCGAAAUGGUGACAGAGGCGGCCAGUUCUCCGGGACCCUUCCGCAACACACAGAUGUCGAAAGCUGCACAGACGCACAAACUGAGGAAACUGAGGGCUCCAUCCAAAUGCAGGGAGUGCGAGAGUCUUGUGGUGUUUCAUGGUGCUGAAUGCGAGGAGUGUUCUCUGGCUUGCCAUAAGAAGUGUUUGGAGACUCUGGCCAUCCAGUGUGGGCAUAAGAAGCUCCAGGGAAAACUGCAUUUAUUUGCUAUCGACUUUGCUCAGGCGGCUAAGAACAGUCCUGAUGGAAUCCCCUUCAUUAUCAAAAAAUGCACCUCGGAGAUCGAAAACAGGGCGCUUAACAUCAAGGGAAUUUAUCGUGUUAAUGGUGCCAAAUCUCGGGUGGAGAAGCUUUGUCAGGCCUUUGAGAAUGGCAAAGAGUUGGUGGAGCUUUCAGAUCUCUACCCUCACGAUAUUAGCAACGUCCUCAAACUCUACUUACGCCAGCUCCCAGAACCACUCAUUCUAUUCCGAUACUAUAACGACUUCAUCGGACUGGCUAAAGAGAGUCAGAGUAUCAUUGUUGAUGAAGUGGAGGCAUCAAGAGGAUGUACAACCUCCGACACUCCACAGAUCAGCGUGGAGCUCAAUCGGGUCCUCUUCAAGAUUAAAGACCUGCUGCGUCAGCUUCCUCCAGCCCAUUAUAAGACCUUGCAGUUCCUCAUUCAGCACUUGCACAGGGUGUCAGAAAGGGCUGAUGAGAAUAAAAUGACUUCCAGUAAUUUGGGCAUCAUCUUCGGUCCCACGUUGAUCAAACCCAGACAGGCUGAUGCCGAGGUGUCUCUGUCCUCUCUGGUGGACUAUCCCUAUCAGGCCUUGAUCGUGGAGCUUUUGAUCCGCCAUUACGAAAUGAUCUUCGACACUCCUCUGAGUCCUCUUCCACCUUCCUCGCCCGUAGCAGAGAGCUCUCCGCUGCCAGUCAAAUCACGCUUCACCCCUCAGGAGAAGGAGCAACAGCUUAGCCGACAUUCAAAGUCCCUGGUGGACAUUAAGGAGCAGCAACAGUCAAAAGCUAAGAUGUAUAAAAGGCAUUCCUCCGUAAUACCUUCUAUGCAUCUGAUGGAUGAGGUGAAAGAGGGAAAGAUACGAUCAGACAAAGACUUCGCUGCAGUUGGCGAUAAGGCAGACAUGAACAAGCUCCUCUCAUCAAGUGUUCCUGAAAUGCGAAACUCGCCUGGUCUCACUCGCCGUAACCAUGUGACCAGAGUCCAGCUACGACCUCCAAGACCCAAGCUUGUCUCUCGACCAAUCAGCAUGCCGGCCGAACGCCUUCUCAACCUCUCCAAGGUGGACGAAUGUAAUGUGAAGAACUCCGUAGAGCAGGAAGAAACCCACAGUCGAGAUCCCGUCAUCGAGGAAGUGUCCGAAGAGGAGAAGCCCAAGUCCAGAGCGGGAAACCAUUACAGGAAAUCAUACAUCGACACACAAACUCUACGGCGGACUUGGGACAAGCAAUACAAGCAUCAUGACAUCACUCCGAAAACCUGUCCUGUAGAUUCUGGGUCCAAUGACACCAAUGUUCACACUUCAUCACUCACGUCAUCAUCUUUCUCAGAACACAGCAAAAGCCCUAGCACUGUUCUUGCUAACAGACCCUACACCAUCGCUGUGAGGCCUGGACGGACUUUACGUAGGGAAGGAAACAUUAGCGAGUUUUGUCCAGUUCCUACAGCCUUCAGGCCUCCAAGAACUCUCCAACCUCCACCUGGAACGUUCUACAAACCUCCAGGAGGCAAAAGCAAAUCGUUAACUGAGGUUGAACUCAAGUCUGUUAGAGCAACCGCAAACAGUACUGAAGAAGAAGAGGACGAUGAUGAUGAAGACGACGAUGAUGAGGAAGAAGAGUUUGGUGUGGAAGUCUCGGUUGAUGAACCUGAGCCAGAAUUAGACCAAGAAACAUCAGUGGACGCCCAUGAUAUAAGUCCACACCCCCAAUCGCCAAGCUCCAGUCCGGAGGAACUCGGACAAAAUGAGACCAAACCUGUGUACCAGAGACUCCGAUCACGGCGCAUGCAGGAUCUUGAGCACCGCGAGGCUCAUUUUGUUUGAGAUCUAAACAAUUAUGGAUAAUUUUGGAGCAGUUGGCGAUGGGCGAACUACUUGAUCGCAUAAAUUUUUGUGACAGCCCCAUUUUGUAUACAUGGAAAUUUGUUUCCAUAACUGUGAAGAGAUCCAAGGACGUGUUAUAUAACUAUAUAUUAAUAUAUUCCACAUCUGCUGAUUGAAAUAAUCAAACAAACCCCUUGGACAACAGUUUUUACCCAGUAUGCACUUAAUAUUUUCUUGUUUUAAACUUUUAUCGCAUCAUUUAUGCACCAAGGACAAAACAAUCCAUUUUUUUUCUCAUUAUAACACCAGAACGUCACUGUGCAAUUUCAUUUACACUGUAUAUAGAUUUUUAUAUUGUUUAAAAUAUAUAAAUAUAUAUAUAUAUAUUUUCUGUAUUUUUAUGUUUUACACCAAAACCAAAUCGACCAAGCUGUUACAGUUGAGUAUCGUCACUUUAUUAUAAUCAUAAAAAUGCACUUAUUAGACUUUGGAACCACAUGUUUGUCGCUACUGAAUUGUCAAACUACGCGCAGUGUUAAUUGUGUUAUUCAAGAACAACAGAUGGAUGUAAUCUGAAUGUUAUACACUUGUUUUGUUAAAGUGUGCUAAGGUAUUUUUUCUUUUAUACCAAUACUGUUAAUAGUAAUUACUGUUUAUAGGUUUUGUAAUAUAAUAGAAAGCUUUCAGACAUGCAAUUUGGCCCACAUUCUGUAUUAAGUGUUCAUAUAAUAUUGUAACAGUUUGCCCAAAGUUUGUUUUCUUAUUUCUUUUUUAUGUUUCAUGUCAACUAAAAUGUCAUUAUACCCCAAAACAAGCAAGUCAAACCAAAGCAAGUGCCUUCAUUUACAAUCCACUGACUCAAAUCAGCUGGUCUAAACCACAUUUAAGACUAGUUUAUUCAGGGUUUCUUGUAAAUGGCACCCAUGUAUCAGAUGUGAUGCUAGUCUUUUAGCAGCAUUUUCGAAAUGUCUUACCUUCCCUUAAGUGUAAAAACAGGUACAUGUGAAAAUACACACUUGUAACUUAUUAAAACCACAGCUGACGUCA